UUGCCCUGGCGCAGGUGGCUGAGGGGGUGGUUGGAGGGCUCGCUCUGUGCGCCUACGAACUGGGUGGAGUUCCUUCCUGGCUACCUUGGCCCUCAGGGUCUGGGGUUACCAGCCAACUUGGGGGACGUGGUGGGGGCUGUGGGCAGACUUGGGAAUGGGGAGGAGCCUGGAUACUAGAAUGGGUUUGGGGACAGGGAUGGACUGGAGUUGUGGAUAGAAUCGGAGAUGGUUCGAAGGGUGUGGGUGGCGUCAGGGAUGGGGAAUGGUGUUGGGGACACCCUUAGCCCGCUCUGGGAGUGAGCGUCACACCUGGCUCCUAGAGCGGGGCGGGGUCGGGAACCCAUUCCGUCGAGGCCCCUGGCUCAUCGCCUCCCUAUCUCUACCUCCCGCAGGGACCGUAAGUGGCGACUAUGGGCAGACUGGGCUAUUGGACCCUGCUGGUGCUGCCGACCCUUUUGGUAUGGCGCGGCCCCGCGCAAAGCGCGGCGGCGGAGAAGGGGCCCCCGGCGCUGAAUAUCGCGGUGCUGUUGGGUCACAGCCACGACGUGACAGAGCGCGAGCUGCGAACCCUGUGGGGCCCCGAGCAGGCGGCGGGGCUGUCCCUAGACGUGAACGUGGUGGCACUGCUGAUGAACCGCACCGACCCCAAGAGCCUCAUCACGCACGUGUGCGACCUUAUGUCGGGGGCGCGCAUCCACGGCCUGGUGUUCGGGGACGACACCGACCAAGAGGCCGUGGCCCAGAUGCUGGAUUUUAUCUCCUCUCAGACUUUCAUCCCCAUCCUGGGUAUCCACGGGGGCGCCUCCAUGAUCAUGGCGGACAAGGAUCCGAUGUCUACCUUCUUCCAGUUUGGAGCAUCCAUCCAGCAGCAAGCCACCGUCAUGCUGAAGAUCAUGCAGGAUUAUGACUGGCAUGUCUUCUCCCUGGUGACCACCAUCUUCCCUGGCUACAGGGACUUCAUUAGCUUCGUCAAGACCACGGUGGACAACAGCUUUGUGGGCUGGGACUUGCAGAACGUGAUCACGCUGGACACUUCCUUUGAGGACGCAAAGACGCAAGUCCAGUUGAAGAAGAUCCACUCUUCCGUCAUCUUGCUCUACUGUUCCAAAGACGAGGCUGUCCUCAUCCUGAGCGAGGCCCGCUCCCUCGGUCUCACUGGGUAUGACUUCUUCUGGAUUGUCCCCAGCUUGGUCUCUGGGAACACAGAGCUCAUCCCCAAAGAGUUUCCAUCAGGACUCAUUUCAGUCUCUUACGACGACUGGGACUACAGCCUGGAAGCAAGAGUACGGGAUGGUCUGGGCAUCCUCACCACUGCCGCGGCUUCCAUGUUGGAGAGGUACUCCUAUAUCCCUGAGGCCAAGGCCAGCUGCUACGGGCAGACGGAGAAGCCAGAGGCCCCACUACACACUUUGCACCAAUUUAUGGUCAAUGUGACAUGGGAUGGCAAAGACUUGUCCUUCACUGAGGAAGGCUAUCAGGUACACCCAAGGCUGGUGGUGAUUGUGCUGAACAAGGACCGGGAAUGGGAGAAGGUAGGCAAGUGGGAGAACCAGACUCUGAGCCUGAGGCACGCCGUGUGGCCAAGGUACAAAUCCUUCUCAGACUGCGAGCCAGACGACAACCACCUGAGCAUCGUCACCCUGGAGGAGGCACCCUUUGUCAUCGUGGAAGACAUAGACCCGCUAACCGAGACAUGUGUGCGGAACACAGUGCCAUGCCGGAAGUUUGUCAAAAUCAAGUGA